UGAGGCAAAGCAGCGGUCCGAUAAAAAGCCCACGGCGGCCCAGGACGGCAUCACUCCACCGGCACCCGCAGCACCUGCAGCACUCCCCUCAGCAUCACUUCAGCAGCUCAAUCAGCUCCCCUCAGCACCGACAUGAAGCUCAUCUUGGCUCUUCUCCUUGUGGCUGUGUGCGUGGCUGCGGCUAUGGCCCAGUACCACCACGGUGGACAUGGAGGCUACCACCACGGCGGCCACCACGGAGGCUACCAUCACGGCGGCCACCACGGCGGCCACCACGGAGGCUACCACCACGGCGGCCACCACGGAGGCUACCACCACGGAGGCCACCACGGCGGCUACCACCACCAUGGCUAGACUGGGGCCUCACCGCCCGGUCGUCCACCAGUGCCAUACGAGUUUUGGAAACUCGACCAGUACCUGAACGAUGACGCCGUAUUUUCAUCCCCAUUCGAUUCGCCCAUUCGUUACCAAAACAAUCAUUCAUUGUAUUUAUUGAUUAAGAAUAUACGAUUUAAGUUUUA